AUGGUGAGUGUCUGGCGUGCGAAAUCGGCGUUCAGCCUUUCUUUCCUUUCUUCCUCCUCCGCUUCCUUCUCCAUCAUGACACCUUUGUCUUCAUUCUCUCUCUCGUGUAGCCGUUUGUCUUCGUCGGGUGUCUCUUCGCCCCGCGUUUUUGCGAACACCGAGCACCGCGGCCCUUCCUCCUCUGCCUCGCCGUCGUGCGUCGCCUUUGCUGCCUCGUCGUUUCUCCUCCGGGACGGUCAGACGUCUCGGUCUCAAACCUCACAGUGUCGGCUGCUCUCCUCCACGACAGUGUGCAGGCCCCGCCACCGGCCUCGGAGAUUCGCCCCCGCCGACACUCCGCUGUGGCACUCCGCGGCGCCCGAACGGAUCCGCCCCCCAGACAGGCCCGCCCUCGGGGCCCGCGGCACAGAGCGCGGCGCGCCCGUGGCGCCCGUGGACCCCAGCGCCGGGGCGCGCCUCGACAGAGACCUGAGGGACACAGGUGCCCUGGACGGGAACGGAACGGAGAUCAAGAGCCCGUUCGCCCUGGCGGUGGCGUUCGCGGUUGUUGCCUCCUCGUUCCUUUACGGAGGCACAAAUCGCCCCAGCAAAGUGCGCGCGGACGCAUCACUCUCCUCCUCGGCUUCGGCUCCCGCAGCGCGCCUUGCGCCCCCCACACCUCCAGAGCUCGUGACUCUUCUCGCCUCGUCACCCGCCUCCUCGCCGGCUCUCUGUGUGGAGAAGAGCGUCGCCCCCGAGUUGCCGCCUUCGGUGCCAGACGCACCGUCUGUUCCCUUGCCUGUCGUAGCUGAGGCUGCCGACUCAGCCCCGUCCGAUGCAGCCUCCGCCCCGGACUCGAUCUAUCAGGAACUCUGCGCAGACUCGUCGCUGCAGAUCUUCACAGGUACGGCCCAUCCCGAGCUUGCGCGUGAGAUCGCAGCGCAUCUGAACGUGACGCUGGGCAGGGCCGUGCUGGGCCGCUACGCAGACGGAGAGGUCGUCAUUCAAAUCCUUGACGAGGUCCGAGGCAAGGAUGUAUUCGUCAUUCAAAGCACUCCCGCCGCGGGAGGAGACGUCCACACUUGCCUCGUUGAACUUUUCCUUCUCCUCACCGCCAUUCGCAGAGCUUCGGCGAAGCGAAUUAUCGCCGUGAUUCCUUGCAUGCCGUACGACCGCGAGACCAUGCUGACGCAUGGAGACGACAGUCUGACGCCAAUGGCUGCCGCCGACCUCGCCAUUCUUCUUCAGGUUUGCGGCGCGGACGGGGUCAUGUUUGUCGACAUCCACAACCCACGGAUGGAGGGCUUCUUUACUUCGCCCCACGGGCCGCCGCUGCCGAUGACAAACAUCUUGCCCCACCGCCUCGCCGUCAAGUACUUCCAGAAGAAGGAACUUUUCCGCCCUGUGGUCGUCGCUACCGACAACACGGCCGGCGAGAAAGCGAUGGCUUUCUGGUCGAUGCUGAAAAAAAACGGCAUCAACGCUGGGUUUACCACCAUGGUCUGUGAUGCACCAAAACGGGAAGUGAGAGAAGGCACUCCAAUUCUCUUCUCCAGCGCUGGCGCAGACCAGCCUUCUAGGGGUUCGGAUGAGGGCGAUAAGAACGGAGUCACGCUGAACCACGUGGGAGACGUCGAGGGAUGCGACUGCAUCAUCGUCGACGACAUCGUCGACACCGGGGAGAAGGCAGCGGCCACUGCGAAGGAACUCCAGGCUGGUGGCGCCCGAAGAAUCUUCAUGCUCGCCACCCACGGAGUCCUUUUCAAGGGCGCUGUAGACCGAAUCAACAAAAGCCCCAUCCAGGAAGUCAUUCUCACCAACACGGUCCCCAUUCCGCCGCACAUCUUCUGCGAGAAGCUGGUCGUGCUGUCUGUGGGGAAACUGAUGGCUGAGGCUAUCAAGCGCGUGCAUGCGGAGGAGUCGCUAUCAAGUCUAUUCGAGUGUCGCACGAACCCGGGUCCAUCCACCAAAGCCUCUACCUCCAAGUAG